GGAUAUAUACAUAUUGUCGAUAAUAUAUACACACUGCCGAGGAUGUCCGCUUUAUGUUACAGUUUGACUUAAGACGAAAUCGGUUCAGCUUCGAACUUUGUGUCAGUUUAAACCGCGAGUAUUAGAGUUGCAAGAUUUUUAUAAAGUUUUGCUUUUUUAUACUGUAUAUAUAUAUAUAUAUAUAUAUAUAUUAUAUUUGUAUACAUAUAUAUAUAUUUAGUUUUUACAUAUUUUAAUCGUAAAUUACCAAACGUAAAAAGAAAAAAAAAGAAAAAAACACGAUGGUCGCUAUAAGAAUCUCUAUCUUCGUUUUAUCAUUGGUCCUCUUCGAAGCUGUUAACGGCGAACGAAUCAGAAUUGCGGAUUAUAAAGAAAACGACUCGAACAUCGAAAUGUUGCUAGCUAAAGGGGAAAAUGAAAGAUCGAAUUUACUAUUGAAACGUCUAAAACGCGUGUCCGAUCAGAGAUUGGCGGAGCUCGAGACACUUUAUACCCUUAAUAAAAUAAAUAUCGUAACUUCGACUGGCCGAUCUGCUUAUAUUAAAAUAAAUCCGGAAUUGAUAGGACGACGAAAACGAAGUACUCGUGAGAAUCUUUACGAAACAAAAAGAAUCGGUCGACGUACAAGCGAAUCGAUCAAAGAUGAAAUCCUCAUUAGAUGAUUUCAUUUUGCAAUUGAGGGACACUGAGAGAAAUUGAGGAAAGGGACACUCCUCGAUAGAAUAAAAGGAAUAUAUAUAUAUAUAUAUAUUUUUAUAGAAUCGUCGGAAACGAUCUAUAAUUAUCUAACAGCGGUAUUAAAUUUGGGACACCUGUGUUAAGGAUCGAAGGGACACUUUUUUUAUAUAAUUUUUAUAAAAAAAGAACGCUUUACUAAUUUAUUUAUUAUCUGCGAACUAAUAUUCAUCCAAAAAUCACCUCACCCCCAUUUUCCCCGCUCCUUAACCCCCACCCUCUUUCUUCUACAGUAUUUAUAAUAAAUAACAUAAUUAAGUAAUCCAAAGGAGAAUUUGUAAAAGGAGCAAAUUUUUCGAUAAGCACUUGUUGAAUGUAAGAACGAAUGAAAUGUAAAUAAAAAGAAAAAGCUUAAUGUAACGUUAAAA